UGUUCCUACAAGGUGUGCAGCAUCGUUUAGCGGUCUUAGCGAAUUUGGUGCUCACACUGUUUGGCUUCAGAAAAUGUCUCUUACUAAUUCCGUUAUACUUGCGUCUAUUCUUAUCAUCUCUUCUGCAGUUGCAAAAGAAGAGAGUAAGUAUGCGUUUCCUAAUACCGGACAAGCAAUACUGUAUCCGGAUACCUUCUCAUUCGUCAAUGCAAGUAAUGGUAAAACGUUGGUUGCUUAUGCGUCUAAUGCUAUCGACGGACGAAUAAACAGAAAUGAAAGUGGUCAUAGAAUGAUUGCCAACUGCGCUGCAACUAAACCUCAGUCUCAGGAAAAGAGCAAAGUCCAUUAUCUGCAAAUCGACUUGCAGACAAAAUUUUUUAUUUUUGCCGUUCGAUUACAUCUGAGAGACAACGAGUACAAUCGAACACAACAAAAAGGUUUGGUUAUUGAAGUGAGUGACUCAACUGAGCGGUCUGAAUCAAAGCAGUGCGACGAACCCUAUACAACAGUUUCAAAUCAAUCUCCUCUAUUCAUAUGCCAAAAGUACGGACGAUAUGUUUAUGCAGUUCUCCGCGACAGCGUUGGGCCUCUUCAAGUUUGUGAAAUUCAGAUACUUAAAAGAAUGGAGCUCAAAGGUUCGAAUGCUGCUGUUCUUUAUCCAGAUAGUGUUUUGACGGCUGGAGGCAAACGGGCAGUUGCUUCAAAUGCAAUAGAUGGAAAAUAUAGCGUCGGAGAGUCUGGCGCAGGUGGUGCUACCAACUGUGCAGUUACCAGUGAAAAUACUACCGAUCAAAUUCCCAAAUAUCUACGCAUCGACUUGGGUAGAGGUGAAGUUAUUCAAUAUAUCAAACUUCGUUUAAGAGAUAGAAUCGAGUCAGGUGAAGAGCGUGGAUUCGAAAGCCAACGCGGUCUUACUAUUUCAGUGGGCGUUACUGACAAUCUCAGCAAAUCUACAAUGUGUGGCGUCCCAUUCGAUCCAAUACGACAGGGUCAAGCACCUUACGUAGACUGUAAAUUUAACGGCUUAAUCGGCAGAUUCGCUCAAUACAUCUGGAUUGUACUAAACGCAACAAGAAGUCUUGAAAUAUGUGAAGUGGAAGCUUUUUAUGCUGGUAAACUUAAUUUCUCUUAG